AUGGAUCCUUCAGAAUUUCCUUUUGAUAUUGAAGCUUACAAAAGGCAGUCUGAAAUCGAAGAGAGGUAUAUCAUCAACCGGUUUAAGGAGCGACAAAACCAAAUGGAGGGAGGAUAUAUACAUCGUGUCAAGAGAAAAUAUCUCAACAGAGAUCAUACAGCGGCAAACCAAAGAUUAAUUGACGACUACUUUGCAGACCAACCUACAUACGACGAUGCAAUGUUUCGUCGGCGAUUCCGGAUGCGAAAACAUUUGUUCCUUCGGAUCGUUGGGGACCUAUCUAGCAGUGACAACUACUUCACCCAAAGAGUUGACGCAACUAAAAAAGAAGGUAUAUCUCCAUUAGCAAAAUGUACCACGGCCAUGCGAAUGUUAGCAUAUGGUGUGGCGGCUGAUGCGGUCGAUGAAUACAUCAAAAUAGGAGGUACUACAUCAUUGGAGUGCUUGCAUAGAUUAUGUAAAGGAAUCAUACAAUUGUAUGAGCCAGUGUAUCUCAGAGCCCUAACUCAAGAUGACUUACAAAGAAUACUGCAUGUUAGUGAAAUGCGGGGGUUCCCGGGGAUGAUUGGCAAUAUUGAUUGCAUGCACUGGGAAUGGAAAAAUUGUCCUACGACAUGGGAAGGUCAAUUUACUCGGGGAUAUAAGGGAACCACCACUGUUAUUCUUGAAGCAGUUGCAACUUAUGAUCUAUGGAUUUGGCAUGCCUUUUUUGGAUGUCCGGGCACAUUGAACGAUAUAAACGUUCUAGACCGUUCACCCGUGUUCGAUGAUGUUGAACAAGGAAAUACUCCAAGAGUGAACUUCUUUGUGAAUCAACGUCCGUAUAAUAUGGCAUAUUAUCUUGCUGACGGUAUCUAUCCUUCUUAUCCAACUUUCGUCAAAUCAAUUAGACUUCCUCAAAGUGAACCAGAUAAUUUAUUUGCAAAAUAUCAGGAGGGAUGUCGGAAGGACAUCGAACGUGCAUUUGGAGUGUUGCAAGCUCGAUUUAAAAUCAUCCUCGAACUUACCCAUUUGUAG